CUGAAAUGGACACAAGAUGGCGUCGUGCAAAAGCAACGCUGGAGACGGGGGUGGAAUGUCUUUUAAUUUCCCCUGAAUCAUCUUUAAUAAAAUCGUGAAAUAAGUCAUAAUGUAUUUGAUGAAAUCGAAGAAAGCUAUAGAAGAAGAGGACUGGAAAGAACUGAUGGAAAAGAGGGGUAAAUACAUGGAGAGGAAACGUUUAUCCGGAGACAGGUCGUCCAACGUCGGUGGUCCAAGUUCAUCGGGCCAACAAAACACAAAAAAUACAAACGCUGGUUUUCAACCUGAUGAACUUCCGGAUGGCCAUGGAUUUCAACCAGUCACAAAGAGUAUUCCACAGCCGGGAGAGGAUGUUCUCCAUACUUCUUACAGAGACGCACAGUACAUAGGCUCAUUUUCUGUGGUUGGGGAAGACCAGGCUUCCAGAGCAGAAUAUGUGAGAAAACAGCUGGAAAAAGUUAGAACUGUGGGUAGAAGUAAACCAGUGGUUAUUAUGAUAUCCCUGAGUGGUAUUAAAGUCUGCAGCUCAGAUAAACAGACAGUGUACAUGGCCCAUGCCUUGAAGAGAAUCUCCUAUGCCACAUGUGAUCCCGAGUGCAGACAGUUCUCGUUUCUUGCACGGGAACCACGGGGCCAAAUUAGCACGCAGUACUGCCAUGCCUUUUUAACGGCCACCCCAGAGGAGGCUGAAGAUCUCAACACAUUAGUCGGCAACGCCUUCAAAAUGUCUUAUGCUCAACAGCGGACCAAACGACCCACAUUCAAUGAACUGAUAGAGAAACAAAUAGAGGAACAAAAACAGAUUUACGAACAGAAACAGCUGCAGUUCAAGCAGGAGUUUGAGAAACGGCUGGAGGGGAUAGCUACCACCAAAGUCAGCGAGCGCGUCCAGCUGCGCCGCGAGAUGAGACAGAAGAGUUUCGAGGAGCAGAAGGAGAGAGAGGCGGAGCAGAGGGAGGCUAUGUUAAACAGACAAUGGUAUCACAUGGACUACAAUGAACAACCAGCCUCCCAGGACAAGCAGUGGGCGAAGCAUUUUGCAAACAAGGCAAAGCACAAAGACCCAAUCGCAGGUGCUGACUCCGCAAGUGGGACUUUUUCUGUGCGCCCACCAUCAGCGGCCAUGAUUUGUUCACCAGGAAUUGCCAACAGUGAAAGUAAACCUAGUCAAGACACUUCGGAUAAAAUAGCAGUGAAUCAAAAACGGAGACUCGGUGAGACAAGAGACCAUGCAAAUGCAUCUCAGGACUUAAAUACUAAACGAGAAUCCAACACCAGUAUUUUAAGCAGUUUCUCAUUGGCCAAUUUCAACUCGUCUAAUUCCUCACGGGGCGGAGGAGGUGCUCAUGGAUCUCCCGUUGUUGCCUUGAAAGAGACGAUAGACAGUCAGUUUGUAGGGUUGGUUGGUCAGCCCCUGGGGGCCGAGGCAGAGAACGUUCCGCCCCCUGUCCCCACUGAGCAACCUGAGAACUAUUUAUACCCUGUCACCAUUCUACCGCCACCUUUAGAUUUUGGGAAAACAACUGAAGAUGGCGUUACUGAGGCAGAUGGAGCAAAACAAGGUAAAAAUCCCAUGCUCAAUAGACCUCUCCCAGCAACACCCAUGGAGGACAGAAAGACCCCCAAGAACAAGGAAGGUCAAAGGUCAAGCUUGGCAAGUGAAGGCCAAAGGUCAAGGUCAAGUCUGGCCAGUGAAGGUCAAAGGUCAAGGUCGAGUUGGUCCAGCGAAGGACAGAGGUCGAGUUAUGCCUCUUCAAGCAGUGACAGUGCUAGUCUUGCACCAAAUUACACAGCUCAUGUGAAUGGAACAGUUAAACAAAAUGUAUACAACACACGUUAUCAGAAUGACAGCCCUUUUCGAUAUAGCAAUUGUCAGAAUGGAGCAGCUGGAACUUAUGCAGUUGGGCCCUCUGGAUCCACAGGCUUGCCAUUAAGGUACGAUUCUUUGAGGAGGUUACAGCAGCAGGCAGAAGCCGGACAUGAAGAUGAAACACUAAAGAUGGCGCCAUGGUACCAGGCAGGAAUUCCAAGGGAGAUAGCCUUGGAAAUUCUACACCACGAGGACAUAGGCUCGUUCAUCAUUCGUGACAGUACCACACACGCAGGGUGCUACGCGCUCUCAGUAAAAGUUCCAAAGUUCGACAACCCAACUGGCAUUGCGCACUAUUUAAUUCAGCGAACACAAACUGGAGUUCGACUGAAGGGGCUAGAAAAACAAUGGAACAACAUUACGUCUCUUGUGGUGCACUUAAGCGUCAUGAAGGAAAUGCUGCCGUGCACUUUGAAAAUGCCUCGGAAUUCAAAUAAUCCGUCAUUCACGGAGAUGGACAAAGAAGGAGAGGAAGACAGCAAGACGGAAGACCCAGACUAUCACCGACUGACAGAUUUUCACACUGUUAUGGCAGAAUUGACAAUAUAACUGCUUUAAAAAAAUGUGUGCAAAAGUUAUGGAUACAGAAGAGAAAGUGAUAAAUAUGGAACUUUUCAGGCUCUUAGCAGACUAAUGUUUUCAGACACAGCUGAGUUUGCUGAUGACAUAAGUGCUUUAAUUACAUGAGGACGGGAUGUCCCGUUUGUAAAGCCAAAAUGGAGACUUGUGAUAGCCGUAGUUGAGGCUGCUCAAAUGCUUUCAAAUGUAUGGAAUCAUGACCAUGUAGAUGCUUGGUAGAAUGUUAGUGGAGAAAAAGUCAGAUUGUGAUAGACUGUGAGCUUUUCAAAUAAUUUUUUUCCGAUGUGCAUGGGGAAUGUUAUCAUGAACACUUUUUAGAAGUGAAUGUUCUGAUUUGAUUACAAAAAGAGUUCUAAGAUACUGGUUUCAUAGGAAGAAGGCAGUGGUACACGGCUAUAAAUAAUGAUGCUGCAGAUUCCAGCAUCCCAUCAAGUUGAUGGUGACAGCCUUAUUUCUGUUGAAGAUUACUUUUUUAAGUCCUGCUGUCCAGCAGAGUUCCACAAGGCAUUGUGAAAAGUGUAUCGCAAAGAGAAAAAAAAGUGCAACUACAAGUUUGACUGUUGAAUGUGAUAAAGAUGCAGUGCUGCGCAUUGCCAGCUUGAUUGUAUACAAAAAACAAGCUAGUGUAAAUAUGAACUUUCUUAUUGAAGGGGUGCUGAGACUUUAGUAGAAAAUCGUAGCCACUUUUAUGCAGAAAUGCAAAGGAGAAAACAUAUAUAUAUAUGCAUCAUAGUGUUUGCAUAUGUUAUUUACUAGUGUGUUAUUUGCCUUUUGUAUAAUACAAGGUCUCGUUUUUCCAAAAGUACAAACUAGGUCCAAGGCUGAUCUUGGUUUUCAAACUGAAGUAUGAAGUCUGACAGGAGGCUGGGUGAAAUUGCAGAAAAACACUGAAUGAUUCGAGCAAAUCUUGCUUAAAGUUGUAGCUAUUUUUGUUGUUCUUUUGUGAAAUCAUCCAGGGUCUUUGCAUUGCAAGUGGGAAUGCUAUACACAGGUUGAUCAAGGGCACAAAGAUUUAAAAAAAUACAUUUAUUUAUUUAUUUAUUUAUUUAUUAUUAUUUUUUGCCUCAUUUCACACUUGAAAAUAAUAAAUUCAAGAAGGACAAUUUCACCUUAAAAUAUAAGACACAGGGAUGGACAAUUCACAAAUUUGUCUCAUUAAGAGUGUCAUAAGUUUAAUACUAUUGGGGGGGAGGGGUUAUAAACCAGAUCCUCACUGUUAUAUUCAUUUGGGGGGCAGGUGAAGCUAAAAUUUUCAGUCUUUAAGUCAAGAUCAGCCUAGGAACUGAUUUGGUUAAAUGGGCUCCUAAGCCAUUCUUUUUUAUUUUAUCAUAGGUGCCUGUGGUAUUACAUAAACAUAUAAAUAUAUAUCCCUGUGUUUAUCAUUGUAAAAUAUAUAUGGAGACAACGGGCAUGUCCGCAACAAGACUUAACUAAGAAGACCUGAAAUGGACUAACUGACACCCCCACAUAGGUCAUUUAACUUAGGAUUUUCAUGUUAGAAGCCCAGUGGAAGACCAUUUGUGAUCUGGUCAUCUGGUGAUGUCAUUUGGACUAUUCCUGGUCAAAGUUUUGUCGGGUUGUGAAAAUGGCUGUAGUUGAAACAGAUAUCGCAGUUUGAUAGUCACAUAACUUCAUGUGGGUAAAGAUUAUAAGCAUUCUUGUAUGAAUACAUGUGCAUGAAGUACACAAAGUUGGAGUUUUACAGACCUUGUAUUUGUAUCAUUUUGUUAGCAAAGCAGCUUUAAACAAAAAAAAAAAUCAAAAUUCCCUUUGUUGAAAUGACUACAGGGUUAGAAGUAUUUGUGAAAACAGUUCCGUGUGUGAUAUCAAAGUCGCAUAAUUCAUUUUAUUCUCCUUAUAUCAGUUUCUCUAAUUCUCUUUCACCAGUUCUUCUCUCACCUAUAAAUUUCACAGAACUUUAUUCCAAACACUGGUUAAAUUCAUAUAGUAAUAUAAUUAUUUUGAAAUAGAAUGGUGAAGAGGUCAUUGGUACCUAACAUGCUCAUAGGAGAGUCCAACAGUGCUCUGAAAUUUAUGCUGGUUCUUUGGUCCGGAUGAUAAUCACGUUGUAUUAAUUGGAAGUCAUUUGUUAUUGUCAGAUCCAAGAAAGAAAAAUGUACAACUGAGAAUGGGAUUUCUUUUUGUGACGACUGUUUUUGCCUAUUGUUAUCCAUUGCCUUAUUUCUGUUGCUAUUGCUCAUGUAGUUGUGACAAAAAGUUGCAAACAACAACAGGCUUGCUCAAUUAUGUGUAUUCGGGAAUGGCAUGAGAAAUGUCGUCAUUUGUUAAGAUCUGUUUUAUGAACAUUAAGAACAAUUGUUGACUGGAAAAACAAAUUAAGUUGGGAAUUUAUGGUAAAUUUGUGUAAAAUCGUUAAAAAUAUUUGUGCAAAUUUCCUGUUUUGAUUCAUUUCCUAAAAUUUGUUUUAGAUACAAAGGUAAUACUAUUGUACAGAGGUAUAUCUUUUAUUAUUUAUUUGUUGGUUCAUUUCUUUGCUUAUUUUGAAAAAAAUCAAAAUGUACGUUUUGAACAUGAGUUGUACUUGUACUCGUUUCUAAUGCAAUGUACAUUGUAGCUUGAAAUAAAGUCUUCAGUACUUGUUUAAGGAUCAAAAAGGAAGGCUUCAUUUUCAACAAGUAAAAGCACAACUUUCUUUUACAAAAUAAUUAUAAUAUUUGAAAAGUGAGAAAACACUCUGAGGACAGUGUUCCUUCUACAGACAGCUAUUAGUAAAAAAGCUUCAGUCUUUUUUGUCUGUUUUUAGUUUUAAGUUUGAAAAAUAAAGAUUUUCUUAUAAAAACUGAACAUGUUAGUACAAAAUGAUACAUACUUUUUUUGGACGGGUGCAGAAUAAUUUUGAUCAUUUAUCUGAUGAAAAAAUGCAGACAGUAUUUUUCUCAGAUUUUUCAUGAGAGAAUUGUGCUUAGUUUGAGUGAUGGAGCAAGAAAUUGGGGAAACUGUUAGCACUCACCAGAUUCCAACCAAAUAGACAGAAAAUAUUUUAAAAAUGAUUCUUUGUUGGUACAAUCUGAAUCUUGUCCAAACUCGUUAUUUUUGUGACUACUUUGAAGUGAUAUAUCUUAAUAAGAUAGUUGGAAGAGAUGUGUUUGAAAUUUUAAGAGUAAUAUCCAAAGCCAUGUUUGUUAAAGCUUCGGAGUGCUGUAGGCCACUGUGUAAGCUUUUUGAUAAAUAAAAGAUUGAAAACAGAA